AUGAUUUCAAGAUUUAGUAUUCUUAGUGGCAAUAAAUUUAAAAGGAAUUUAUAUAAUAAGAUUAAAAAUAAUUUCACAUAUCUUAAUACUAACAAUUAUUUUUGUACUCAGAAUUCAGAUGAAAUCGAUGUAACAUUUAUAAGCCAAGACAAUUAUGAAAAAACAAUUAAAGCUAAGAUAGGAGAUAGUAUAUUAAAAGUUGCUCAUGAUAAUAAUAUAAAUAUUGAAGGUGCGUGUGAAGGAUUUUGUGCUUGUUCUACUUGUCACGUAAUAAUUGAUGAAAAAUUUUAUGAUCUCAUACCAGAAGCAUUGGACAACGAAAUAGAUAUGCUAGAACUAGCUCCUUGUAUAACUGAAACUUCAAGAUUAGGUUGCCAAGUAAAACUAAAAAAAGAAUUGAAUGGAAUAAAAAUAAAAUUACCUCCAAUGACAAGAAAUUUUUAUGUAGAUGGCUAUGUUCCUACUCCACAUUAG